GUUCGGAUUAGUGAUGAAGGGAGCUCUCACAUGGUCAUAAUGACCGAUACACAAACAAAGAGAGAUUGGCUCGGACUAUAUGGAAUUGCCGUGUGGCAUAGUCAUGGCACAUAUCUGAGUCACAGAAAGCGAGACUAGCAACGUGGCGUAUGUAGCACCAGAUAGUCAGGCAAGUAUUUAGAGUCAUCGAUAGCUUACAGUCACCCACGUCCUUCCCACCAGCGAGCAGGAUUCAAUCUCCCAGUCGAAUAUCCCAGCAGCUCACUUCUCAACACCAUGGAGAUCGUCGAGAGGGGCGAGUGCUUUGUCGAAAAGGACAAUGACUUCGUCUUCGACCAUACCAAAAUCAUCUUUCGCCAGAAGCAUGAUGGGAAAUACUUCUUUGCUCGGAGUCCGGCGCGGAUGCAUACUGUUACCCCUGGCAACAUCAAGGGGCUCGAGCUAAUCGAGAUCCCCGCGGAGGAUAUCUUUCCCGCUUUCAAUUCCACGUUUACCCAAGGCCCCCAGCUACUCCCUGAGGGUGCUUACGUCAAGCGACCAAAGAUUCUCCAUUACGACCCGACCCAGACGCCACAGGAAUGCAGCAACCAGCUGCUGAGAGAGGUAGAGAUAUGCGAGCUACUCGCCAAAAACCCGCACCCAAACGUCGUACAUUAUCUGGGUUGCGUUGUCGACGGGGGUAGGAUCGUGGGACUGUGCUUGAAAAAGCACGACAUGACGCUCUGGGAAAAGGUCGACGCUGGCGUUGCGUUUGACACGGAGGCCUGCCUUCAAGGCAUCAAAAACGGACUCAACCACCUCCACCGGCUGGGUCUCGUCCACAACGAUCUGAACCCCUGGAACAUUGAAGUGGACAGGCAUGGUGCGAAUCCCGUGAUCACCCACCUCGGUUCAUGCAAAAGAGAAGGGGAAGGGCUGGGUUUCAUGGGAGGCACAGCUGGCUGGGCAAAAGAAGGCAUCACCCAUGCAAACCGGGAAAACGACCUUUACGCCUUGUCACUGAUCCGGGAGGUCCUGAUGAAGGGGAAGUUGAGGAAUUGAAUAAAAGCAAUAUGGGUCUCGUAUCAAGGUAGUCCAACUACUUUAGAUCCUACAAACUGGGGGCUGCAGGU